UUAUCAGCUGUUCCCUUCAAUCAAUCCACAGUUGGGCACGCACUCACGUAGUUCUUAAAUCAUUUACCUCUGUAAAUUUCCCCUAUAAAUAAGUUAACAAAUAAAACAGAACCAAAAAGAUGAGCUCAAUCAGUGCGGAAGAGAAACUAAACUACGUGAAGUCCAAGAUUGGCGAGUAUCCGAACUUUCCGAAGGAGGGCAUUCUAUUCCGCGACAUUUUCGGAGCCCUGACCGAUGCCAAGGCCUGUGUUUACUUAAGGGAUUUGCUCGUGGAACACAUCCGGGAAAGCGUUCCAGAGGCAGAGAUUAUCGUGGGACUGGACUCACGGGGAUUCCUCUUCAAUCUUCUCAUAGCCACUGAGUUGGGUGUGGGAUGUGCUCCGAUUCGAAAGAAGGGCAAACUGGCGGGAGAAGUGGUGUCCGUGGAAUACAAACUCGAGUACGGUAGUGACACCUUUGAACUGCAACGAUCCGCCAUUCAGCCAGGCCAGAAGGUGGUAAUCGUAGAUGAUCUCCUAGCCACAGGUGGUUCCUUAUUUGCUGCGUCCGAACUUAUUCGCAAAGUAGGUGGCAUUGUCGUGGAAAGCUUGGUGGUCAUAGAACUAGUUGGCCUGGAGGGUCGCAAGAAGCUGGAUGGAAAAGUACAUUCCCUUAUCAAGUACUGAGAGUUAAUCAAAUUGUGACGAAGACCUUCCACAUUUGCAUUUACUUACUACCUCUCAAGGGGGCUUUUCAAAUAGCAAAUUUUUAUACCAACUUUGAUAUAUUAACAUAAUAUAAAACUGAGGCAUA